AUGGCCAACUGGCGAGAGGACUAUUAUGCGGGUCUAGUGGCUCGUGACGAACGCGAGCAAGCAAACAGCAGUCUCUACGAUGCUUACACUCGACUCGCCGACCGCAUAGCUACCAACGCCGUACUUGUCAACAGGCAGCAAACUCAACUAUCUCCGGAGGUAGCAGGCAACCCCGUUUCCCCGAAAAGAGCCUCCACUCCUUCCCAGCAACAACCACAAAACAGUAACACAGGUGCCGGCGCCGCGUCACAGAAUGUCCUUCUAGCAGCUAGGGCAGACUUAGCCGCCGCCCAGCGAUCCCGCUCUGAGCUUCAGGAACAACUUACCCGCACGACGACGGAGUUGGAUAAAUUGAGAUCCAGGACGCAGCAAGAUUCAAGAAGAAUAGCGUCCUUAGAAGGCGAGCGGACGCAUCUGACUCUUCGGUUGAAAGACCGCGAUGAGGAGUUGCGUGGAAAGGCUAAGCUACUAGAUAGUGUUCAAGAUGAGCUAGCAUCGCUCAACUUACAGCUCAACAUGGCUGAGGAUCGUUCCAGUAAAUUACAGCGGGAGAAUCAGGAAUUGAUUGAUCGGUGGAUGGCCCGUAUGGGCAAAGAGGCGGACGCCAUGAAUGAGGCGUCCAAGUUCUAG